AUGUCUGCCUUUGAUCAGAGGAACCAGAGCAUGCAGCACACAGAGCCUGGGACAGUCUGCAUCACGCCUCGAGUGAAGCCAAGGGGUGAGAUGUUUGUCUUUAUUGAUGGGAAAUGGGUGAACGACAUCUACUGCCAGCCACCCUUUUCUUCACACCAGAAACUCUUUAGCAAGAAGGCACAGAAUGAGUGGAGCAUCUGGGAGGAGAACAGAGCACUCCGGCAGGAAAACCAAACCCUAUGGAUCAAAAACAGGAUGCUCUGGGAAGAAAACAAGGCCCUGCAGUAUCUUCAGUCACAGAACAAAUCUGUCCAGGUAAUUUACACUGAUGCUAUUCAGAGAAGCCUCAAGAACAAAAAUAAACCUUUUCCACUCUUCCAAGAGAGGAGUACAGGCUCUCAGCUCAGCCUGGGCAACAAAGCUCUCCAGGCAGUCCAGGAAAAGAAUAAAAUAUUUGAAGAUUUCCAGCAGGAGAAUAAAGAACUCCCUAUUACCUGGAAAGGCCAAAAAGCCAUCACAGCCCAUGAAGAGAGCAAAGAUGCCCGCUCAGAUCUUCAGAAGAGCGCUGAGACCAUUGCAGCUGUGGAAAAGAGUAACCCUGGCCCAGUCCCCCAGCAGGAAUGUGAAGGUAAAAAGAAAAGCACUACUCCAACUCAGAACAAGACUGAGUCUGCCCCAAGUACACCGGGAGAGCAUGAAGUCCUCAGGGUUCUCCAGGAGUUAUGUGAGCUCCUCCACACCUUCCUGAAAAUGAGCCAUCCCCCUGGGGAGAAACAGUGCUGUCACAAUCUCUAUGACGUGAACAGAUCCUUCCAAGAAGAUUACAAUAAGCUGAAGCUGCAGCUGAAGGCUGUGAAAAACACUGUGUCAGACAUCACAGUUCAAAUGGACAUGCUGGAAAAGGAGAUCAUUGCCAUCACUACCCCAGUGUAUGAGGAAGCAGGACAGAAGCUGGCAACUGAGCAUCAGCUUGGAGACGUGUGA